UGCCAGCCCACAACUCAUGGCCGCACCACCCUGCCAUUUCAUGGCCAGAGAAUUUACAAAACAAAGAAUUUUCUUUAUUUACUCAAGCAUGUGAGACGCACUUGUGGAGGCUAAGAAGAUAGUAGAUGUGGUUUCAUUACAGCCACAUUCUUGUGCGGAAUUAUCAAUGCUUCAAGCAUUUUCUGUUCUUCUUCAAAGAGGAAAAGAAAUCUCAUUCUUCAAGCAGCUAGGUCUUCUACUUCACGGUGGGGGAUUGAAUUUACAGACGAGUCAAAGGUGACAAUAUACAAGGUCAAGAGAAGGAGAUGGUGGCUGUUGAUCUCCGUAACGGUGUUGCCGUCGAUUAUUUCAAUUCAUUUCAAUGCCACACAGAAAAUUCAAGUUAUUCAACAGCCACAUCAGCUGAAUUUGGGGGUUCUUUAAUGAAUCUAUUUUGGGAGCAGUUGAUGUGGUCUGAAAUUGUAUGGCUCAUUGACGAAUUCUUGAGCUGGAGAGAUCAAUUGCAGCAGCAACGAAGAUACAUCUGCUGGGGUUUGUGAUGAUGAUUGUGGGUCGAGUCGUGGCCUGGAUUCCACGAGGAAAACAUGGAAUGGAAGAAUUGAAGAGAUGGAUGUUGGUGAUUAAUGUGUUAUGAAGACGAGGUUAGGGUGAGAUCGAGACUCGGAUUCAGCUUAUGAAGAAGCAGAUGGAGCCAGCGAUUUCAGUAUGUGGUGGUGAUGUUAUCUUCCACUCCAUAUGCGAGAUUGAAACAUCACAGAAAUGGGGUUUUGCAAGCGAGAAGGAAGACUACAUCAGAUUGAGUUUGCAACAAAUUUAGGGGUUUCGUUAUCUGAAAUUGGAGUUGAUUAAAUAUAAUUGUAGAUGUAAAUUGAGACAAUUGGUGAUUGUAGCACAGAAAUGGGGGUUCUGAUUAUGUUUUCGAAUUGGGGUUUGCUGUACUUGAUUUUGUGGAUUUGAUAUGAGAAGAUGGGAGCAAACUGAAUCUGCUGGUGCUGCAGCCAUUGGCUCAUGGCUGUUGGUUCAACCUGCAGCUGGAAAAGGAAACGACAAAGUACAAGAAAUAAAGAGUUUACUGCGGCUGUUGUUGUUGGCAGUUAAGUGGUGCUGUUCUCGAAAGAUUAAGGCAAGUGGUGUUAAAUUGAGCUGUGCAGUUGGGGAAGAAAGAUGUUGUGGAUGGGAGAAGCAUAUCGAUGGGCAAUGGUGGCUUGUCUCCACUACACAGUGGACUUGAUUGUGAUAGAAUGGGUGGUUUGACGAAGUUAGAUGAUCACAGGAUAAUAGUUGGCUGGGAAUGGUUGAAUGGCAGUUUGGUGGUGUCGUUGGCUUACAUUUCAUAUGGGAUUGACAAGACUUGAGACAUCACAGGAAUGAUGGUUUGAUGGACUUCUUCCAACAACAGCAUGGAUGGUGUUGGAUCAGUGAAGUGAGUCUGAUGUUGAGAAAUUGCCGCAAUAGAACGUGGGGAUUUGAAUUGAAAGAUCAGGGAGAAAAGCAAUGUGCAGUGGCCGGACUUGGCAUGGAGUUGGGUUCUGCUGCCUGAAUGGGCCUGGCAACUACAGCUGGGUCCAUACUGGAUUUCCUACAACAUCUAUAUAUACCAGACUCAGGCUCAAGGAGGGAUACGCCGUUUUCAGGGAAGAAAUUAGGUUUAGCUCCAUUUUAUUUUACAUAUGCUGAGUUUAUUGAUCUAUAUAUCAUUUUCUAUGGCUUUGAACAAGAUUAUGUCUAGCGAAACUCCUCAUUAGGGUGAAGGAUGAACUUGUAGGUUAAAGUGCUUGUGUUCUUAAACAAUGGUUUCAAAAAUAAGAUCUUAAUUUCAUGCUUGUGUUUCUCAAAAGAGGUUGAUUAUUUUAAGAGUUUUUCAUGUCUUAUACCAUGUAUAUUGCAUAGUUGAAUUCUAGAACAUCAUUCCAUCUAUAACCUAGGUAUCAAUUGUUUUAUGAUCAUUCCAAGACUAUGUAUGCCAUGUAUGCUUAGUACUUAGGAACAAGCAAUCUUUUAUGAUAACUCUUGUUUAUAAUCGUUAAUGAAAUAUCUUCCUUGUGUUAGUAGCUAGGUUUGCAACUUUGCACGAGUAAAUCUGAGACCUUGUGAUAGAACAUAAGUAAACAUAGCUUACAACGGACUCCAUAGCCCUAAUACUGAUUACAUUUAUUUAUAAACUUGCUUGAAUCAAUUUGUUAUUACUUUCUUAGUACAACAAUCUCUGAAAAUAUUGAAUUUGAUUAGAUAGUUCUUGAUAUUAAUUAGUAGUAGUUUUCACACUCUUUGAGGGAACGAACCGUGCUUGCUAUUGUGUGCUCUUUUUGACACCGUGCACUUGCGGUAAAACAAAGUCGGUUUUCCGACCCAUCAAGUUUUUGGCGCCACUACCUGGGAGUGGCUGUAAAGUACUCUCUGAUUGAUAUUAUUGAUUUUCUAGUUGUAAUUUAGUUUCUAUUUUCUGUACAUAGUUUAUUUUCGUUUUUCUUUUAGAUUUCUUUUAGUUCCUUUUUACGUGGCUUGUUUGUUUAUCUUUAGGUACCUUAGUUUGAAGAGUGCAGUUGGAAUCUCUCCAAAACAGGCAGAAAAGUAAGUCUUUCGCGAAGCUUUGCAAGGUGAGUUUAGAAGGUGAGUUUAGACUGAAUUCUGCAUUGUGAUAGCAUAUGCAAGAUCUACCAAGUAGUUGGGAUAGAGAACAAUUCUUCGUCUUGUUAAGGUAACCCUUUAUACAUGACAAGAACACAUGAUGAGGGUACGAACCCUCCGGUUAAAAGAUUGAGAGACUAUAUGUACCCAACCAGAGUCUCUCAACUCUCAUGUAUUGUUCUCCCUACCACCAUAUCAACCAAUGAGAUUAGAGCAAGCACCAUUCAAGCACUUCCUAAAUUCUACGGUAAGGAGAAUGCAAGUCCUUACUACCACAUUAGAGGUUUUGAAGAAUUGUGUGGGACAAUGAAAUUUAAGGACUUAGCUGAUGAAUAUCUUAAACUUAGGUUGUUCCCUUUUUCUUUAAAGGAUAGGGCAAAAUCAUGGUUAAAUGCAUUAGCUCCUUCAUCAAUUAUUACUUGGGAUGGCAUGAUUAAUCUAUUCUUGUAUAAAUUCUUUCCAAGGCAUAGAACUACUUCCAUUCGUCAAAAACUGUAUAGUUUCUCGCAACAAGAAGGAGAAUAUCUUUAUGAUUAUUUAGAGAGAUUCGAUGAUCUUUUGCUACAAUGUCCACACCAUGGAUUUGAUACUCCUAGGCUCACAUUGAUUUUGUAUGAGGGAUUAGAUUUCAAAACACUGACUAUGAUAGAAUCACUUUGUGGUGGUAAUUUCCCUGAUAAAACUGCCGAAGAAGGUUAUAAGUUUUUGCAUGAAGUAGCCGAAAAAUCCCAAGAGUGGGAGGCUAGAGAACCCAUAAUGGUUUGUAACAAAGGGGUCUCUGAGGCCAAGUUUUCUGUUUUGACACGAAGACUUGAGUCGUUAGAAAGAAAUAUUAAUAUUAAGCCUGUUGAGUUUGUUACACAUACAGCUUAUAUUCCUAGUGAUUGUACUAACCAAAGAUUUUCUAGUUUGGAAGAAAGUAUGAGUUUGUUGAUGCAGGAUACUCAAAGAUCUAUGGAGAGCUUACAUCAACAUCUAAAUCAGCUUACCAACCAACAGAAUGAGCAAGAUACGGGUCAGUUCCCGAGUCAAAUACAACCUCACCAUAAAGGUUCUUUUGAGGAAAGCACAUCCGGUGCUAAGCCGACUAAUCAUGACCAUGCCUUCUCUACCCUAAGAAGUGGACGGGUCAUAGAUAACCAUGUCAGUGGUUCCAAGGAGAGAGAGCAAGAUGGGAACCUGCCUACCAUUACACAGGUUACUCCUUCAACACAAAAAGAAACCAAUGAAAUCGAGAAAGGUUGCUGUUGUGUAACAUCUUCGGUUUGCUUGAGAUUACUUGCUGCGCGCAAGCAGGGAACAAUUAUCAUUCGCUUCGUGGGAGUCAACCCAUCAGUUUUGUUCCCUUUACUCUUAAUCUUUUAUUUGUUUGCUUAUGAAUUUUCCCAUCUUAACUUUUACGUUGGACGACUCAAUUACAUUGAGGACAAUGUAAUGAUUAAGUGUGGCGGAGCGGUUAACACUUUAGAUUUUUGUAGGUUAUUCACUUGCAUUUCAUGACCAGCUGUGGAGCGGGUCUAAUUUUUUUCUUUCCUUAUCAUUUCAUGACCAGCUCUGGAGCGGGUCUCAAAAAAAAAAGAUCUAAAAAUAUCAUGGUGACCAGCUAUUGAGUGGGUCUUGAAGUUUUGUAUAUGAUCAGCUGUUGAGCGGGUCUAUUUUCUUGUUUUGCUUGGGACUAGCAAAAUAUAAGUGUGGAGGAAUUUGAUAAGCACGAAAGUGCGACGUUCUACUCCCAUAUUUGCACUAGCUAGGUCUCGACAUUUAGCUAAUAAAUAUUGUUUUAAGUCAUUUACAGGAAUUACAAGUCAAAUCCGUUCACCCGGAGGAUAAAUGGCUUAGAAGCUAAAUUGGCACUUGCGACUUGCAGUGCCAAAGGAGUCUGAGCUAAAUUGCCAGCCCACAACUCAUGGCCGCACCACCCUGCCAUUUCAUGGCCAGAGAAUUUACAAAACAAAGAAUUUUCUUUAUUUACUCAAGCAUGUGAGACGCACUUGUGGAGGCUAAGAAGAUAGUAGAUGUGGUUUCAUUACAGCCACAUUCUUGUGCGGAAUUAUCAAGGCUUCAAGCAUUUUCUGUUCUUCUUCAAAGAGGAAAAGAAAUCUCAUUCUUCAAGCAGCUACGUCUUCUACUUCACGGUGGGGGAUUGAAUUUACAGACGAGUCAAAGGUGACAAUAUACAAGGUCAAGAGAAGGAGAUGGUGGCUGUUGAUCUCCGUAAGGGUGUUGCCGUCGAUUAUUUCAAUUCAUUUCAAUGCCACACAGAAAAUUCAAGUUAUUCAACAGCCACAUCAGCUGAAUUUGGGGGUUCUUUAAUGAAUCUAUUUUGGGAGCAGUUGAUGUGGUCUGAAAUUGUAUGGCUCAUUGACGAAUUCUUGAGCUGGAGAGAUCAAUUGGAGCAGCAACGAAGAUACAUCUGCUGGGGUUUGUGAUGUGAUUGUGGGUCGAGUCGUGGCCUGGAUUCCACGAAGAAAACAUGGAAUGGAAGAACUGAAGAGAUGGGUGUUGGUGAUUAUUGUGUUAUGAAGACGAGGUUAGGGUGAGAUCGAGACUCGGAUUCAGCUUAUGAAGAAGCAGAUGAAGCCAGCGAUUUCAGUAUGUGGUGGUGAUGAUAUCUUCCACUGCAUAUGCGAGAUUGAAACAUCACAUAAAUGGGGUUUUGAGGGCGAGAAGGAAGACUACAUCAGAUUGAGUUUGCAACAAAUUUGGGGGUUUCGUUAUCUGAAAUUGGAGUUGAUUAAAUAUAAUUGCAGAUGUAAAUUGAGACAAUUGGUGAUUGUAGCACAGAAAUGGGGGUUCUGAUUAUGUUUUCGAAUUGGGGUUUGGCUGUACUUGAUUUUGUGGAUGUGAUAUGAGGAGAUGGGAGCAAACUGAAUCUGCUGGUGCUGCCAUUGGCUCAUGGCUGUUGGUUCAACCUACAGCUGGAAAAGGCAACGGCAAAGUACAAGAAAUAAAGAGUUUACUGCGGCUGUUGUUGUUGGCAGUUAAGUGGUGCUGUUCUCGAAAGAUUAAGGCAAGUGGUGUUAAAUUGAGCUGUGCAGUUGGGGAAGACAGAUGUUGUGGAUGGGAGAAGCAUAUCGAUGGGCAAUGGUGGCUUGUCUCCACUACACAGUGGACUUGAUUGUGAUAUAAUGGGUGGUUUGACGAAGUUAGAUGAUCACAGGAUAAUAGUUGGCUGUGAAUGGUUGAAUGGCAGUUUGGUGGUGUCGUUGGCUUACAUUUCAUAUGGGAUUGACAAGACUUGAGACAUCACAUGAAUGAUGGUUUGAUGGAGACUUCUUCCAACAACAGCAUGGAUGGUGUUGGCUCAGUGAAGUGAGUCUGAUGUUGAGAAAUUGCCGCAAUAGAAUGUGGGGAUUUGAACUGAAAGAUCAGGGAGAAAAGCAUGGUGCAGUGGCCGGACUUGGCAUGGAGUUGGGUUCUGCUGCCUGAAUUGGGCAUGGCAACUACAGCUGGGUCCAUACUGGAUUUCCUACAACACCUAUAUAUACCAGACUCAGGCUCAAGGAGGGAUACGCCGUUUUCAGGGAAGAAAUUAGGUUUAACUCCAUUUUAUUUUACAUAUGCUGAGUUUAUUGAUCUAUAUAUCAUUUUCUAUGGCUUUGAACAAGAUUAUGUCUAGAUAAACUCCUCAUUAGGGUGAAGGAUGAACUUGUAGGUUAAAGUGCUUGUGUUCUUAAACAAUGGUUUCAAAAAUAAGAUCUUAAUUCCAUGCU